GGAGACAGCCAAUCAGGUGGGCUCGUUCUCAACGCAGCGCAGCUCCAGCAAAACAACAGCCGUCUCGAUUUUGUUUCCUGUUAGCAUCCGCAGCAUUAGCCACUGAUUAAACCGAGCGCGUACAAUGUCACAGUGACGAACGCGUUUAUAUCUGCUCGAGUGUCUGGUUGUGUUGACCUCGGUGUCCGUUUGGUGAAAGAGGCACGCGGAGCAGUGACGCGCCUUUAGCUGUUAGCUAGCUAACAUCGGCGGUCAGCAGCGAAAGAUGGGCUCCAUCCUGAGUCGGAGAAUCGCGGGUGUUGAGGAUAUCGAUAUCCAGGCCAACUCGGCCUAUCGAUUUCCUCCGAAAUCGGGGAAUUAUUUUGCGAGCCACUUCUUUAUGGGAGGAGAGAAAUUUGACACACCACAUCCAGAGGGAUACCUUUUUGGAGAAAACACAGACCUGAAUUUUCUUGGAAAUAGGCCAGUGCAGUUUCCAUAUGUGACGCCUGCGCCCCACGAGCCUGUGAAGACCCUGAGGAGUCUGGUCAACAUUAGAAAGGACUCGCUGCGUUUGGUCAGGUAUAAAGAUGACUCUGACACCUCGGGGGAGGAAGGUGAAAAACCAAAGGUUAAGUAUGGUGUGGAGUUCACCUUUGAUGCUGAUGCCCGGGUGGCCAUCACCCUCUACUGCCAAGCGUUUGAGGAGUUCUCCAAUGGGAUGGCAGUAUACAGCCCAAAGAAUCCCUCACUGGUCUCUGAAACUGUGCAUUACAAGCGAGGGGUGAGCCAACAGUUCUCCAUGCCAUCGUUCAAAAUAGAUUUCACUGAGUGGAAAGAGGAAGACGUGAACUUUGACCUCGACCGGGGGGUGUUUCCUAUUGUAAUCCAAGCUGUGGUUGAUGAAGGGGACGAUUGCCUUGGACAUGCUCACGUACUUCUGGCAGCCUUUGAAAGACACGUUGACGGCAGUUUCUCCGUCAAGCCUCUGAAGCAGAAGCAAAUUGUGGACCGCGUGAGUUACCUCUUACAGGAGAUCUAUGGGAUCGAGAACAAAAACAACCAAGAAACCAAGCCAUCAGAUGAUGAAAACAGUGACAACAGCAACGAGUGUGUCGUCUGUCUGUCUGACCUGCGAGAUACACUCAUCCUGCCCUGCAGACAUCUGUGUCUCUGCAACUCCUGCGCAGACACUCUGCGUUACCAGGCCAACAACUGUCCCAUCUGCAGGCUGCCCUUCAGAGCCUUGCUGCAGAUCAGAGCUGUGAGGAAAAAGCCCGGGGCUCUUUCCCCGGUGUCUUUCAGCCCUGUUCUGGCUCAGACGAUGGACCAUGACGAGCACUCGAGCACGGACUCGGUUCCUCCCGGCUUUGAGCCCAUCUCCCUGUUGGAGGCUCUGAAUGGUCUGCAGUCGGUGUCUCCUGCCACCCCAGCCGCCCCCCUCUAUGAUGACAUCAACUUCUCCGGGGGUCCAGGCGGCGACAGCAGGCAGCUGAGCUCCCCGGAGCAUUUAAGUGAUGGAAGUUUGCAGAAAGGCAAAGUCAGCAAAUCACCUGACAGCACCCUGAGAUCUCCAUCCUCUCCCAUCCAGGAGGAAGAUGAAGAGAAGAUGUCGGAGGUGUCCGAUGCUCAGCCGCAUGCACUGCUGUCCAGCAGCCCCGCCCCCACCGACGCCACAGCCACCGAGGAUGUGGCCGAAUCUCCGUCUCUAGAUGACGAGGACAGGAUGCAUUCUGGAGGAGACAUCCUACAGGACUGCAGCAGUGAACACAGCAGCUUGACCAAAACAGAGAGCGACCCAGCGGGCGACUUAUCUCUGCCAGGGUCAUCCGAGUCAACAGAAAGCCUGAAAAGUCAGAGCACAAACUGCUCCAGCCAGCCUCUCCUGUGUCCCACAAGCAGCCUUCAUAUGGAAGAUGAGCACCUCGACCCCUGACUCUGAUCCAUCCUUUUCCCUCCCAACCAUCAGAACAGAUGUAUGCAUUACAAAGAUCAUCCACUUCCUCUAUUCCUCAUACCCCACCAGCCAGUGUCCUGCUUCACAGAUCAGAGCCAACGACACACGGCCCUGAAAGGAAGUUCACCAGGACGAAAUGUCUCCGACAUUAGAAAAGAAAUUUGACUCCGGCAAAGAUGUUCUUGGUACCUUAUUCUAUGACUAAUGUAAAAGUUCCCCUGGCUUUGAAAACAUUUCAUUAACUGUCAGAUGGUGUUCAGUUGUGUGUCUUGACCAGAGUCGUGGUCUUCUUAUGUGGAUUCCAGAGAUAUUUCACUACCUGUCGCGGUGGUUUUAAGCACACUUACUUUAAUAUUAACUGUAUUAAUUGCUUAACACUAAAUCCAGAAGAAUUUAUAAAUGCAGUUUGUGUUUAGAUAUUGUAUUCAUCAGUGAAAUACAUUAAUGACGAGAACUUAUUUUUACAGUAAGGCUGAUUUUAGGUGAGCAGAAAUUUGAAUUUCUUACGUAUCCGUUUGUUCAUUUGAAUUGGAUUUUGCACUCCGACAAAAUCGUUUAUAAUCAUUCCGUAUAACAAGAGUUCAUUAUGAGAUGAGUUUACGUUGUCUAGCGUCUUAAACGUCCACAUGUCAUGGUUAUUAUUUCAAUGAUGUGUGAUAUCUAUGUAUCAUAACUACUAGAAUCCUGUGUAUUUACCUCUCAAAAUUGUAUUCUUGCAUAUUACAUAAAAGAAGGAAAAACUAGAUUCAUUUAACAUGCACAUUAUAUACGACUUGGAUAAUCAAUAAAAGCUACAGAUUUACAUCCUAACAGCUAAACUCAAAGAUAGCAAAAAGCCUGCAACAAGCAUCAACGCUCCAGCUCCAUGCGCGCUCGUCGUAGACGUUGCAGAUCUCUCUGCGGUCUUUUUGUGGCAAUGCCGAUGUCUGCUUAUGUGAUGUAGCUGCAAAAAAAAAAUAUAGAAAAGGGGGGGGGGUGUCUGGUGUUUGUGUAGCUGCGACGCAUUUACACAACGCGGCCCUUUUUACGUGUAGCGCCAUGCGUGUAGAUCUAUGUGCCUUGAGUUGAUAUGGCUGCCUGCUUGUUGCAUUGGACAUUAGUGUUUAUAUAAAUGCUACAAUAUCCAACAGUUGUCAUCCCAUAGACAGGAUUUUGAUGAUGUACAGAGCCUUUUUUUUUUUUUUUAGAUUUCGCAAACUUCAUGCUACUGGAAAAAAUGUAUCUUGUUAUAGUUGUUGCAAUAUGAAAUUAAACUGUUCAUUUACUUUUGUUACGGAAAUUUAUUAAUUAUGCAUUUAUUCUUAGUGCUUAUGGUUGAAGCAGAUGUUUGAUCGAAAGGACCGCAUCCAAUGCAAUAAGUGCAAACAUGGCAUUUUAAUAUUUUGGGCUAGCAUUUUUGCAUGUGCAUUUGUAGUGGAUUAAAUCUCCCUGCUUUUAAGUAACAUGGUUAUUUUGUCUUUCCCCCUCUUCUGCUGUGCCAUUUCAACUUGAUACUGUGCCUUCCUGUUCCUGUUCUGACCGCUAUUGACCUGGUAUCCAGGAUAACUCCACAGCAGGUGGCCUGCUGUAAAAUCAAUACUGGUUUUCCUUGUGUGUAUAGCAGCAUGUGUAUGACAAUAAAGAACAAAUAUUCAUUACUUUAA